AUGCCACAAGCACCAGGCAUGAACCAGGGCCCAGCAUUUUACCGCAAUCUCGAACUGGCCCUAGAUGUCCGCCGCCGGGACCAAAACCUCUACAUAGACAAACCGGACUUGGACGAUGACUUGGCAGAUUUUGCGUCAUCGGAUUCGCUCUCUCUCGGCCGAAGUGGGCGUAUCCGGGAGGCCGUUCUGGCCGAGUUGACCAAACAGCCGACAUUGACUCUGGGUCCUAGCGGAUCGCGAGUGGCGAUUGGUGGCUCCAGCUACAUGUACGAGUCCGAGGCGGAGAUUGCUCGCAUCGCAGGCGCCGAAGCUGCCUACAUCGUACACUCGGGUUUUCUAGCCAACUUGGCCGUGCUUUCGGCGGUCCCGCAACCCGGCGAUGCCAUUGUCUUCGACGCACUAGUUCAUGCGAGUAUGCACGAGGGCAUGCUGUUGAGUCGGGCAGCGCACUCUAUGUCAUUUUCUCAUAAUGACCCAGACGCUCUGCGGGAUGUCCUUCUGGCACUGCGCAAUGCACAUCGGGAAUUCCGUGAGGGAGCUCGAUCGGUCUUGGUGCUAGUUGAGUCAGUGUACAGCAUGGAUGGAGACGUGUGUCCACUUUCGGAGAUGUUGCAUGUUGUCCGCGAAGUUUUCCCACUGGGAAACGCGCAGCUUAUGGUUGAUGAGGCCCACUGUGUUGGACUUGUCGGGCCGCAUGGCACGGGACUAGUCCGUAUGCUUGGACUUGAGAGCGAAGUUGCUAUCCGUGUGCAGACAGGUAGCAAGGCCUUGGGAUCGACCGGUGGUGUGGUCCUCAGCAGCAAGAGCAUCAUAUCUGCCUUGCUAAACAGCGCUCGUUGCUGCGUCUUCAGUUCUGCGCCGUCGACCCUCACAGUGGCCUCGGUUCGUGUUGGUUAUCAGCUGCUUCAUAGCGACCAGACACAGAGCGAGCAGCAACGAAUUCAAACGGUGGUUAGGCAUUUCUACACUACCAUCACGGCGAACCCAACCUACGAAGACGUUGUUGACACAGGAAUACUGAAAGUUCCCUCUGCGGACGAUUGGGAAUCAAUGCCUUUUCUCACACAUAUCGUGCCGAUUCAUACACGUGCACGCUACAACAACUACCUCUAUUUGCACCUUCUCCUAGUUGCAAAGACCCAUGCCGUUCCGGUAGGGUUCCCAGUUGUUCCCAAGGGUACAGAACGCGUCAGAUUGCUCUUCCAUGCACACAACUCCAACGAAGAAGUAGAACGAGUCGCUGGGGCGAUAUGUGACUGGGCAAAGGAGAUGCUCGAGAUUGAGUCAAGGGGGAAGCCAGCUUCAAGGAUCCCAAUAGCCGCCAGGGAAGCUCACACAAUCUAUGGAGUUGAAUAA